UGUCAACAUGUCAAUCAGUCAAUUAUCCAGCUGAUCGCCUUAAUCCUAUUUUGUUUGAUGAUUUCGCUCGAAAAUUACGAAUUUCCAGUUUCGAACAUUUUUAUUUUAUUAGAAGCAGUGGUUGAAUUAAGCAACAGAUUUUCAAAAUAUUUAAAAUGGCGUUAAGAAGAUCUGUUCUUUCAUUAAUGAACACUAGAAAAGCUUCGCUAAGGUUAUGUGGUGCCAAAAAUUUCAGUGCGCAAGCUGAACCUAAAGAGGAAGAGAAACGAAAAACACAUUUUGGGUUUGAAACUGUAAACGAAGAUGAGAAAACGAAAAAAGUGCAUCAAGUGUUUGAGACGGUAGCAAGCAAGUAUGACCUGAUGAAUGAUGUGAUGUCAUUUGGAGUGCACAGACUGUGGAAAGAUAUUUUCAUGCUGCGGCUGGCGCCCACUCCUGGAACCAAACUCUUGGAUAUGGCUGGAGGCACUGGUGACAUAACAUUCAGAUAUCUGAACUACCUCAAGAACCAAGGCUUACCAGCAACAGACAAGCGCAGCAGUGUCACCGUGUGUGACAUCAACCAACACAUGCUGGAUGUGGGCAAAGCUAGGGCAGAAAAGCAAGGCUUCACCAAAGACACUUCAGUGGACAUAGAAUGGUUGUGUGCGGAUGCUGAGAACCUUCCGCUGCCAGACGACUCAUAUAGCGCAUACACUAUUGCCUUCGGUAUCAGAAACUGCACACAUGUGGAUAAGGUUUUGGAGGAAGCCUACCGCGUGCUGCAGCCGGGCGGGCGCUUCCUCUGCCUGGAGUUCAGCCAACUGCCCAACAACACUAUGCAAUGGGUGUAUGACCAAUACUCAUUCCAAAUGAUCCCAGUGCUGGGACAGCUCAUAGCUGGCCAGUGGAAGCCAUACCAGUACUUAGUGGAGAGCAUACGACAGUUCCCACAUCAGGAAAAAUUCAAAUCGAUGAUCGAAGAAGCUGGCUUCAGACAAGUGACUUAUGAAAAUCUGACAUUCGGAGUUUGUGCCAUCCAUUCAGGGUUUAAGAUUUAAUAUUAAAAUAAUUAAGAACAAAAUAACCUCUGUGAGGUUUAAGUGUGAUCAAGAAGUUUAUUUAUUUAUAACUAUAAUGCAUACAUUUUUAGAACACACUCGCUUUAUUUGCUGUGUCAACUGUCAUGUCAAAAGUACGAUUUUAGUCCUAAACAUAAGUUGCCACUUGUACCAUUAAGGGCAGGGGCAUAUAUGGCGGAGCGCAGCGCAGAGCAUUUUUUAGUCAAAAUAUUAUCGACAUUGUCCUCAUUGAAAUAAUAUCUAAAAUCAAUUGUACACCGUGCGGAUACUCGCGCAUCCGCGCGCAGUCCCGCGCAUUCUCUGGUACAAAAUUCACGCGAUUAGAAAACUUCACGGGCUUGCUCUGCGCUGCGCUCCGAUAUGUGCGCCGGCCCUAACAGGCCCUAAUUCCAUGAUGGAACUAUUGAUGUUUUUUUAAUCACAAGUUCCAUUUUAAAAGGAAUCUGAAAAUAAUGGAAUUAAUGUUGAAUUGUUUUCACUAGUUCCAUAUUAUUAUUUUAGGCACUUGUGAAUUUUUUUAAGGGUGUAAAAACACUAGAGCCACUCGACACUGGCGAAGUGCAAUGACUACAAAAAGCCACCAAAGAAGAAAAGAAGAAGAUAGAAUAUGUUGAGUUCAUUCUCAAAAUGUAUGCAUUAUAAUAAUGUUUUGUACAGGCGUUUGUUGUCUAUGAAAUUAAACAAAAUGCUUUUUUUAAAA